AAAUACGCAGAAGUAGGAGAGCAGCUGUCAUGGCGGCACUGGUCCGAGCUUUGAGAGCAGGACACGGAGCCGGAAGGGCACUCCGGGAACGGCCUAGAGUUUUGGCUCCACAGUGUGUCCAGAAGCGCACGUUCCAUGGUGCAGCUCUGAGAAUGCAAGAUGAAUCCAAAUGUGACAAAGCCGCAUCUGCUGCAGCCAGUGCCAACCAUCAUGUGCACCAUAACUUCCAGCAGGUUCCAACGGAGGAUGCUGUCUCAGAGCAAACCUCAGACGAGGGCCACAGGCCCAGCAGCAGUUUCCAGGAGCAGAAUGGAGAGCAGGAUGAGGAGUACGAGACUGAGGAACAGCUGCAGGCCAGAAUCCUGAGUGCAGCGCUCCAGUUUGUACCUGUGCAUGGCUGGUCUAUGGAGGCCAUUGCAGCAGGGGCAGAGGUGGAUGACAUGCCAAAAAGGAUCUUUAGAGCCUAG